AUGAUAAUAAUACCACUGGUCGUACUGGUAUUCACGGUGCUUGCACCAGUGUACUUCUAUGUCACUAAGCCAGAAAGCUCAACACAUUCGCUAUUUCCAGAACUCGCUCCCGCUAGAAUAAGCUGGCCUUUUGCCGGUACAUGUGCUAGUUCUAGCGGUGGAGAAGAAGAUCCGCUCUAUUGUCCAGAUGCGUACAGGAAGGCUUCGGAAAAGAUGUAUGAUCUUUUGAAGGAUAACGAAUAUGCGUUUUACGAUGAGACUUCCGAAACUUUGGGAAACCUUUUACUUUCGGAAAAUACCUUCUCGCGACAGCCAUACGUUGCCAAUGGUUAUAUCGGGUCGAGAAUUCCAAAUGUGGGGUUUGGAUUCGCCUAUGAUGCCAUCAAUAUCUGGGUUAACGACUCUGCCAUUCCUGGAGCACUAAAUAACGGAUGGCCUCUAAGGAACCAACGGUAUGCUGGUUCCUUCGUUAGCGAUUUUUACUCUUUGCAGGAAAAAUUGAACUCGACAAACUUUGCAGAGUUGGAUAAAGACGGUUACUCCACCGUCAUUUCGUCCAUUCCGGAUUGGACGGACUUAUCCAUCAUGAUUCAUAGGGGUCCUGGAGAGCAUAAUGUCGAGUAUAUCAACCCGACAGACGUCAAAUUGGACAAGAUUACUGAUUACAUGCAAAAUUUGUCGAUGCGAGAUGGUAUUGUGACGACAAAAUUCGUUUAUGACAAUAAUUUAUUUGUCACAACAAGGACUUUGGCCCACAGAUCUAUCUAUCCCUUGGGUAUCGUUGAUAUGGAAAUCGAACUCCUGCCUCAGGCUACAGAAAAUGGCCUGCACGAAGCAUCUGUUGAAUUGGAAAUCUGUGAUACUUUCAACUUCACCACCUCGCAUAGAACCGUUUUGGCAGAUUUCGGCCAUGACAAAAAGAAUGAGGGUAUAUACAUGAUUGUCGAGCCCGAAAACGUCCCAUAUUCCAACGCAUCGAUGUUUUCAUAUUUCGAUAUACCUUCUAGAGACGAGUAUACCGUCGCAAAGACAAAUGACUCGGUAAGUCAGUGUACAAGACGUGUACUCACGACAGACUCACGCGAAAAUAGCACUUUCAUUGUACGGAAGUUUACCGGCAUUGUUUCGUCAGAAUACGACAACAACAACCCGGAGCAUAUGUCAAACUUGGAACGCGCUACCGCGGUGGUGAUGGAAAAUAAAGGCGAUUAUAAGAAUUUGCUCAAGAUGCACAGAGACCAUUGGAAAAGACUUUACGCUGAUGCUUCCAUUGAAAUUCCCAGUGACGGAUUGUUAGAAAUGACAGCAAAAUCCUCGAUUUACCACUUGUUGGCAAAUUCAAGAUCUCAUAAUGUGUCGCAAAGUCGCGGUUUGCCCGUACCUCCCUCCGGAUUGUCGAGUGAUAGUUACGGUGGUAUGGUGUUCUGGGAUGCUGAUGUCUGGAUGUUGCCCGCACUACUCCCAUUCUUCCCUGAGAUUGCCAAACAGAUGAGUGCUUACAGAAACGCUUCCUUGGCUCAAGCAAAAGAAAAUGCCAAAAAAUAUGGAUUGCAAGGCGCAAUAUUCCCCUGGACUUCGGGGAGAUUUGCAAAUUGUACAUCUACGGGGCCCUGCGUUGACUAUGAAUAUCACAUAAAUGUUGACAUCGCAUUAAGUUCUCUGUACAUUUACAUGAGUGGGGAAGAAGACGAAGAAAAAUCGGAGGAGUAUCUAAGGUAUACCACUUGGCCGUUCAUUGAGAAUGCUGCCAAGAUGUUUACCGAUUAUGUAAAGUGGAACGACACUUUACAACAGUAUACGACACAUAAUUUAACAGAUCCGGAUGAAUUUGCGAACCACGUUGACAAUGGUGCAUUUACGAACGCUGGGAUCAAGAGCAUUAUGGGAUGGGCGCAUGAUAUCGCUAAUCAUUUGGGUUUAGAUCCAGAUCCCAAGUGGACUGAGAUAGCGGAAAAGAUUCAUAUACCAAUAUCUGACACCAACAUUACUUUGGAGUACACAGGUAUGAAUAGUAGUGUUGACAUUAAACAAGCUGAUGUCGUAUUAAUGACCUAUCCAUUAGGUUAUUUCACAGAAACUUCGCAACCGCGUAAUGCCAUUAAGGAUAUAUACUACUAUUCCGAAAGGCAAUCUGCUUCAGGUCCUGCCAUGACUUAUCCUGUGUUUGUAGCAGCCUCAGCCAGCUUGUUGAACUCGGGCUCUUCUUCCCAGAGUUACCUUUACAAAUCUGUGGUGCCAUACUUAAGAUCUCCAUUCGCCCAGUUUAGCGAACAAUCCGAUGAUAAUUUCUUAACGAAUGGUUUAACCCAGCCUGCUUUCCCGUUCCUCACUGCAAAUGGAGGUUAUCUUCAAAGUAUUUUGUUUGGAUUAACUGGUUUGCGUUAUUCUUAUGAGGUUGACAAGGAUACCGGAAAGAUGCACCGUCUAUUGAAGUUUAAUCCAAUUAGUUUGCCGAUGUUCCCUGGUGGCAUAAGAAUUAAUAACUUUAAAUAUAUGGGCCAAGUUUUGGAUAUAUUGCUCACUGAUAAUGAAGGUAUCAUUAAACACAAAAAGGGUAAUAAGAGUAUCUUAAUCAAGAUUCCCGACAGAGGUGACAUUCCAGACGUUAAACCUGAUGAGUAUACACAGAUCAAUGGUACAUCCGUUAAUGUUAAAAGGGCUGUUCCAAGCGGCGAAUCCUAUCACACAAUUGAACCUGGGACCGUUUUCAAAACACCUUUGUACAAUCCAAAACGCAACAUGGCAAAUAAUAUUGUUGAAUCGAAGCGUGCAACUAAUAUAACGGUGGGCGUUCCAGGUGAUGUGGCUGUGUCUGCUAUUGAUGGUAACAAUUAUACUCAUUGGCAACCUGCAAAUAAAAAGCAACCGGGCCGUAUUUUAAUCGAUAUGGGUAACGGAACGGCAAAUGAAAUCAAAUCUGGUAAAAUCCUUUGGGGUAAUAGGCCUGCAAAAUCCUUCUCCCUAUCAAUAUUACCGCAAUUUGACCAGAUAACUCAAAAUAUGACAAGUGUAUUGUCGCAACCAAGCAGUCACAAUUGUAGCAACGAUAAUGGUUGGGAUUCCAAUUCCAAUUGCAAAUAUCAAGAAGAAGAAGAAAAUAUUGACGCUGCAAUUAAGGACGUUUUUGAAUGGUAUGGUAUGGAUUUACAAAGUGUUAUCGAAAACUAUCCUGAGCUAUCAAAUGUUAGCAUGGGAUUCAUCAAGCUAGUAGAUCACUACAAUGUGACGCCAUCUUAUCCAUGGAAAAAUGUAAACUCGACAAGAAUUGAAUUAACGUUAGGAAAUGAAACUAAUUUUGUCGUUGAUUACUCUAAGGUUCCCGAAUUGAAUUUAAAUAAUAACCUCGGGGUCGAUCUUCAAAGUAAAGAUACCAGAUGGAGAAAACCUAGGUUUGUUGUUUUGACCGUCUUUGAUACAUAUGAUGAUGACGAUGAAGUGAAGGGCGCAACCAUAAAAGAAUUAUCUUUGUUUGACAACUAG